UUUAAUUUCAUUUUUUUCAUUAAAAUGAAUCAAGCUGUAAAAAACAAAUGAAAAUCCAAAACAGCGGUGAGUGUUCAGCUCAAAAUCUAAAGGUCUGCAUAUGUGAGUCGAUUAUAAAUACAUAUAAAAAAAAUCAUCUGUUCAUAAUAGAUUCUCCUCCCCAUUUUUAUUUUCUCGAUAUAUCUUAGACGGAUGGUGUGAGCAAGCAAUUAAGUGGAAGUCACCCGUCUAAUUUUAGUUAAAAAGCUAUUAAUCACUUCGGAAACCCUUUUCUAGGUUUGUCUCUUAAAUCUUAUUCUUUUCAAAGGUUGUAUUAUCUAAGAGGUUUCAACAUCUUAGGAAGAUUUGUUUAUAGAUAUGUUGAAGCUAAGGUCGUCUGGUCUGAGUUGUGGAGUUUGUGCGAAUUUCCGAAUAACCAUUCCACGUUGUUACAUGAAUUCAAAAACAACAUCCUCCAUUGAUGUAAAACCCAAGGUUCCACUCUAUCUAAGGCCACCUUCCUUCUCUGCCUCUCUUUCAGAGCUGACCAAAUGGCAUAAAUGGGCUAAAAAUCUGGCUUCCUCAGUUGGCUCCUCUUUUAUUAACUUAGACAAUGGCCCCGAUUCCACUCUCCUCCGCAGAGAGCUCAACUGGCUUCUACAAGACUUGAUUGAACUCCAACACCGUUUAGUAAUAUUGUCUCGAUUGGAAUCGGGUAACAAUGAGAAUCCAGAUGUAAGCGUUGCGUUAAGAGCGCCAUUGGAGGAGAUGUAUUGUGUUUGGAGGCAGAGGAUUGAAAAGAGGAGACCUUUUCAGUAUGUGGUAGGGUGUGAGCAUUGGAGGGAUUUGGUGUUGAGUGUGCAAGAAGGGGUUCUUAUUCCUCGGCCUGAAACUGAAGUGAUAAUUGAUUUGGUUGAAGGUGUGGCUUUGAACAAUGCCCCAGAAUUGGCACAAAGUUUUUGGGCCGAUUUGGGGACGGGCAGUGGUGCUAUUGCUAUUGCAACUGCAAGGGCCUUAGCAACUCAUGCUCGCGGCGAUGCUUGUGGCAGAGUCAUUGCUACUGAUUUAAGUCCGGUGGCAGUUGCUGUGGCCACUUCUAAUGUGCAAAGAUAUGGUCUACAGGAUGUGGUUGAGGUGAGGAAAGGAUCUUGGUUUGAACCAUUGAAAGAUGUUCAAGGUAAACUUGCUGGUGUUUUGAGUAACCCACCGUACAUACCAAGUGGUGACAUAUCUGGCCUACAAGCUGAAGUUGGUCAACAUGAACCAAUACUUGCAUUAGAUGGUGGUAUUAGUGGAACCAAUGAUCUUCUUCAUCUCAUUGAUGGAGUUGCCUCCAUGUUGAAACCUGGAGGUUUUUUCGCUUUCGAGACAAAUGGAGAACAGCAGUGCAAGUUUCUUGUGGAAUACAUUGAGAAUGAGAAGCCAGGCAGCUUUCGUGAUAUGAACAUAGUAUCUGAUUUUGCUGGUAUCCAACGUUUUGUGAUGGGAUUUCGUCGAUGAAUGGAAUGAUCGGUAAAAUACCUUGGUUUACAUUGGUCACAAAGAGCAAAAAGCAAGGAAAAGGUCACUGUUCCGAGCAGUUUAGUAGAUUACUUUUGAUAAAAUGUUUUAUGAUUUCUUUCCAUUGACGGUUUAAUUCCUUUUGUUGUUUGCCAAUAUUGUGCAUUUAUGUGAAAAUGGUAUAUCUUUUAAGUUAAUGCUACACUGCAAAACUCUUUUAGAA